UUUACACGUGAAAAACCGUCCACGCAGUUUGGUCCUCUCUUCCAAAUAGCUCCUGUCCCGACAACGAGACUCUUUUCGGACACCGAGCCGGGCAUGAGGAAAUCAAUGAUGUUGCUCCUGUUGAUGAUGGUCUCCUUGAUGGUCGCCACUGACGCUUACAGAGUUGAUGUGUUCAAUCAAAAGGGCUACGGGUCUCCAAAUUCGGGGAAGGAUAGUAAACUGAAUCAGUGCAUCUGGAUUGAAAAAAAUACCGCCGGACAGGUCUCUUCGGUUAAGAUCUCGGCUGACGUCAAAGACCGAAACAAAGUUGUUAAGUUCUUCUCGGAUGCAAAAUGCGGUUCGUCGUCCUUCCUAUGGGCAUCGCAGACGAGUGGAGACGUCCCGAGUGCCCACGACAAGAAGUUUCGAUCCUGGAGAAUCGUGGAAAUGCCUCAUCCCGGCGGCGGCAAGUGAUCAAAAUUUGCAAUCCUGCCGUAAUAGCGAAGCGAGCAGUGAGUGAAAAAAUGAAGUUUUGAGGCUCAGAAGCUUCUGACCGGAAAAUUUCAUUGAAAGAAGACUUUUUUCUUUGUCAAAUUGCCACUAAUCGUCCGAAAGACUCCUAGAAA